AUGGCCGAGACGCGCGCGCGGACGCUCGGAACGGUGACUUGGUUCAAUUGUGUCAGGGGAUACGGAUACGUACGACCGCACGAUGGUUCUGAAGACGUGUUCGUGCAUCAGAGCGAGCUCCAGAUGGACGGUUUCAGGAGCGUGUGGGAGGGUGAUGAGAUCGAGUUCGAGCUGGACGACGACGAGCGCCGACGCGCGAAGAACGUCACGGGCCCGGCGGGCGCGCCGCUGAAGAAGACGCCCAAGCAGUUUUACCGCCGCGUGCGAAAAGAUGGAAACGAGCAAUCGCGCCGGCAUCAGGACGCACCGUGA